AGGGCAGCCGACUAUGUAGCUGCGCAUGCGUUACGUGAAACGAAUGCUCUUACCGGCCCAGAGUCCGCGGUAGGUCUGUUCCGUAGGAGGGGCUGAUCCGUCAGUGAGAAAAGGACAGGCCUCCUAGCAACCACCCGCUGACCAAAAAGCCCGAAGAUUCUGCAAACGAGAUUUUUGCGGUUCUGACUUAUUAACAGUCUUGGCGCGUUAUUCGCGGUGCAAGAUCAAAUUUUUUUUUUCAGCGAAGGAAAGAGCGGAAUUAUAUAGCGAAGAUUUGUGGACAGUCGAGGCGGUUCUAUUAUUGGUAAGUGUAAUAAUUCAAUUCAGCCGUCAAUUUACGUUUUGAAGUGUUCUUUGGUAGAAGAAUUUCUGACUUAAUAUUUUCAGAUUUGCUACGUGGUGAACUUUUUCGUUGUUUGAUCUUUUUCUUUCAGUCAGUCAUGGACGACAGAACUUUUGUCCUUUGGCGGGGACAACAAAGAAUUAAUUUUAAUGAAGACGACUUAACAGCAGAGCGUAUUUCAGCAGUGUUUAGAGUGAGUAUAGCAUCUCUCUUCAACUAAGUUUACCUUUAACAUUUCUUCAUGGAAAAGUAUCGAGUUUAUUCCCACGGCCGCAAAAAUGUGGUCGAGGUGGGUGUGGGGGUGGAGAGAGACUGGCAACAGGGUUUAAUGAUUUCUUUUCUUUUUUUGACAUUUUUGCCUUAAAAAAAAAAAUUAAAACUAUUUACACGAUUUACGUUGAUCUUAUUUCUCAAAGCCUAGAAAAUUUGGCUAAGACUUUCGCACUUUUUUUUGGUUGAAUUCUCCUCCUCUUUUCUUAGAGAUGCCGAAAGUUGAAUCAUGCGUGAAAUGGCCACUCAGAACUUUGAUUGAACCAGCGUGUGAACAGACCACGGGAAAAUUUCCUAUACCUGUCGGCGAACCCAAACACAAAAAAUAAUAGUCAUAAUAAAAAUGUAUCAUCUUAAAAGCGAUAGUUUCCUGCUUCUUUGCAUUAUAUAUGAAAGUGGAAGCAGUCUCUGUCAGUUAAAAUCUUUACGUGAAAAUGAUUCUCCCCAAAUUUACUGCGUAGGCGAGGUAGAAAAAUCACGUGCUAGGCAACCACAAAAAAUGCAAGCGACUUUUGCUGGCUGGGUGUGGGUUUGUUUUUAUGUCACAGAUUUGAUAUCCAGACCUUGCGAUUUCAUUUGAUUAUUUUAUAUAAAAUGAACACGAAAUUUGCUAACAGUUUGUCGCAUUUAGAACUGGAAAAUUCAGACUGACGAAUCUUUAAAUGAUCCCCCACCAAAAAAAACGAAAAUUUGUGGGCAGUACUGCAGUAGCUAGAAAAAUCACGUGCUAGGCAACCUCACAAAAUUCAGACAACCUUUCCUGAUGGAGGGCAAGUAUGUUUUUAUGUGACAAAUUUGUUUUUCAGGCAGUAUCUGCACUCAUGCGUUUUUAGUUUUUGUCUUGCCUUAACGCUAAAACCGUCCAAAUGGAGGUUACUUUUCGACAACGAUCUUGAAAAUGGAGUUUUAAAAAAAGGCUAGCCUGCGUAGCAAGCGUUUUCCCUCGAGUUAUUGCGCGAAAUUUGGAGCGAGAGCAUUGUCAACGAGCUCGCGCGGAAACGCUUGCUACGCAGACUAAAGGCCCGUUUACACGACCGAAAAUAUUGGAACGGCCCGGAUAAAAAGCCGAACGGCUCCGACAAAAUUCGACGUGUAAACGGUACUUGACCCGUUCCAGUUGUAUCCGUUCCGUUCCUAAAAAGGUCCAUAGGCGGCUAUGGACCCCUUUCGGAACGGAACCGAUAAAAAACGGUUCCGUACCCACAUUUUUGUUUUCUUUUCAACGUGUAAACGCUCGCCCUUUUUUCGGUACCGUUCUGUUACGUUUUUUAUGAGCCCGUGGUGCUCCACGUCAGUUGUUUAGCGUACGUCACAUGCGUGUUAGAAGAAGAAACUGGAAAGUAUUCUUCGACACUCGGAAGCUAGCAUGCCACUGAUCGUCAGAGUAAGUGCUGUAUGUAAGAUCAAACCUAGCGCUUGUUCUUGGAAUUUGCCAGAAGCCCCUUUCGACUGUAAAGUGCGAUACAAGGGCUGUUAAUAGGAGAACCGUAAGCCUUGUUUUUCUCCUAAUUCGGUACAUUUUUUCAGAAGAACUUCUUUGACGAAUCGCACGCGCUGUCAAACGUGAAUUUCGUGUUCUCUUCUUCAGAAGAAACCAGAAAAGUGCUUGUAAACCUGCAUCCAUGAAUGUCGGAGAUUAAGCGCAUAUGAACAACUAAUCGAAGCAGUUUUAUUUAAUUAUCGCGGGCUCUAUCGUUACCGGUCUCGAAGAAAACAACGUGUAAACAGUCUAGUACCCGUUCCAAGGGGCUCUCAAGUACCGUGUCUUUCUCUGUCGGGCACAUUACAGAAUUUGUACGUGUAAACAGGAGAUUUCGUCUGGAACCGGUACUUGUUUCUAACCGAGCCGUUCCUUCUCUUUUAACGUGUAAACGGGCCUUAAAUAAAGCAGGUGUUUCGUGCGUUUUUCAUUGGGUGCGUUCACACUUCACAAAAUGGUGCUUUGUCCACACUCUGGGUACCCAAGUUGUUUUUCGUCCACUUUGCUCCGUCAGCAAACGACAUUUUUGCAAAAGGAGUGUAGCAAGAAGUUAUGGGUCAACGGAAUCAUCAACGCAAAACACGUGCACACAGGGACCCGGUUCCCACUUUAGUACCCGAGUACAAGGUCUCGACCUUUUAUUUUGUUGCGCGUUAGUUCAACGCAACCAAAAAUGAACUUGGUCAUUACAUGACAACCGAGCCAUCCUGCUAAACGGAUUCAGCCCGCUGCGUGUAAUCAGUACCUUUGCUUUUAUUUUGGCGUGAACCAGAGUGAACGUGGCAGACAUGCUCGAAUCACUAUUAAAAAAGAAUGCCAUUUAGAUUUGCUAUAAUAUGGAGUCUUUUAAUAGACUGAAAGUCCAUCUUCGGAUUUUAGCAAGGCGGGGGUUGAAGGUAUAGUAGAAUUGUGAAAAUAACAGGUUACUACUGUGUUUAAUUUUUGUAGUAUUAAGGGCUGCGAUGUUACGUUCACGAGGUAGCGGUUACUUACAGAGGUAGACCGCUUAUAUCUGUUUUGUAAAAACGGUCGACACGUCCUGUUAUAUUGUUAUUUUAUUAGGUUGAAAGAAGUGGUCUUUAUUUACAAGACGAUUUUAGUCGAGUAGCGAGAUUCCCCAACGGUUUGGGUAACUUUGAAACGACAUUGUGGCUCGAUAGAACGUCGCUUGAAGUCAAGGGCACAGAUAUGGGAGCUGCAGACAACACUGCACUACUACCAUCACCGCAAGAUUUUGGCAUAGCCAGCACCAGCAGCACUAGUGUGCCACCAGGAGCCUAUAACGUAAAUGAUCCGCCAUCCAACAGGAGUCAGUCUGCUCAUCGAAAUCCCUCUUUCUCAUCAGGCUCAACCAGACCUUUUAGAUCAUCGGGAGAGAUUCGCAGAAAAGUUUUCCUCGCAGAAUUUGACCUUGAUAGCAUGACUCCUGCCCCGACGGCCAGUGCCUACUUAAAACUAAAGCCUGAACAAUGCACGGUGACAGAUGUUGCUCAAAUUUCGAAAGAGUACCUCAAUAUUGAAGAGGAUUUAAUAAUGUUGGACACCAAUGGCUUUGAGAUUCUGGACAAUCCGGGGACUCGCGGUAAGUUAACUGCCCGUUACAGACACUUGCAUGGGCGUACGUAUCAAACGUGCUCCACGUUGAAUUAUCAUUAUUAUUCACAAACUGAAAGCUUUAUUAUUAAAUAA